AAUGCAACGAAGAAAGUUUGUUUACGUAACGAUCAAAGCAGUAACCAACUCGAUCUAUAAAGAUGGUGCCGGGUUUCAACAUUAUCAUCGUAUAGUGUGAGAGCUCAUCCACCAUUGCUGGCCACUCACCCUGUCCCUCCCAAUGGAUGAUUGGAAGAGCCGGAAGAUGCCAGAGGGGCUGAAGCCCAAGGGCCGGCCGGUAGGCAGCACUGAGCUGGCGUGGUGCCGGGCGGUGUUGUCCGGCACCGGCAUUACAGUGCUUGUCCUACAAGCGAGUAAACGGCCCGAAAUAUCAAAUCUUCGAAACGCCCUCCACAAGCUUCAGAAUUCCCACCCCAUCCUCCGCUCCAAGCUCCAUUACAGCGCCGCCACCAACUCCUUCUCGUUCGUCGUUCCCUCCGUUUCUCACCUUCAAAUCGAAGCUUUCGAUCUCUCAUCAACUCAUCGAAUCUUCCAAAACACCUCCGCUACCUCUAUCGCUCCCCUCCAGAAGGUUCUGGAACACGAACUGAACGUCAACCCGUGGUCCACCCGGGCGGCCGGGUCGGAAAUGGAAGUCAAUGUACUAUUCGCCAGUGUGUACGAGAUAAAGGACGCCAAGUGGGUGCUGGCCCUGCGGCUCCACACGGCGGCGUGCGACCGGGCCACGGCGGUGGGCCUGCUCAGGGAGCUGAAGGCGUUGAUGGGAGGGGCAGAUCAAAGGGAAGUAUGGAGUGAAGGUGGGAUUAAUAUGGGAAUCGAAGAUCUUAUUCCCGACGGGCAGGCAAAGAAGCCGAUCUGGGCACAUGGGCUAGACACGUUGAGUUACUCGCUCAGGUCGUUGAGGCUGACCAACUUGGAGGUCAUCAACGCCGGCGGACCGAGGUUUUCUCAGGUGGUCAGGCUGCAGCUGGGCCGCCAUGAAACUCAACACAUCCUAGAGGGAUGCAAGUCGAGGAAGAUAAAGCUGUGUGGAGUUCUAGCGGCCGCCGGAAUAAUGGCGGGGAACUCGUGGAGACGGAGCGCCACCAGCCACCGGAAGAAGAAGUUCGGGGUGGUGACCCUGAUCGACUGCCGGCCGCUGCUUGAGCCGGAGCUUUCUGCUAGGCAUUUCGGGUUUUACAACUCAGCCAUCUUGAACACGGUGGUCGCCGGAGGGGGAGAAGGCCUGUGGGACUUGGCGAGCAGGUGUUACGCGACCUUCGCGAGGUCCAAGAGCAACAACAAGCAUUUCACGGACAUGGCGGACCUCAACUUCCUAAUGUGCAAGGCGAUCGAGAACCCUAGCCUCACCCCAUCGUCAUCGCUGAGAACCUCGCUGAUCACCGUCUUCGAGGACACCGUGAUCGAGCAGUCCGGGGAUGGGCGCCAAGAGGAGGAGGUGGGCGGAGUGGAGGAUUACAUAGGCUGCGCCUCGGUGCACGGCGUGGGGACGUCGCUGGCGGUUUUCGACACGGUGCGCGAUGGGCGGCUGGAUUGCGCGUGCGUAUAUCCGACGCCGGUGCACUCGCGGGAGCAGAUGGAGGCGCUGGUCGAGAAGAUGAAGAAGGUUCUCGUUGAAGGCGGCUACUGAGUGAUGGAGGAGCUAGGGUUUCAUUGUGAAGCCCAUGGCUUCAUUCAGCCUUCAUGCUUAAUUACUAUAUAUUCUUGUUAUAGCUUUUCAAACUCGGAAAAAUCUACACCAUGGGGACUGUUACGUUAUAUGAAAAUCUAUAUUUCCGUAAUAUUGCGCACUAGAUUAUGUCUAGCAUGAGAAAAACAU